CUUGGUGAGCAAUUAACACAGACUUUUAUAGUCUACAUUCUUUCCUUUUUAGUUGUAAGUUUUCAAUUAAGUAGUCAUGAGAGUCGAUAUCGAUCCCGCAGUCAGUGAUCAUCCGAUCCGAAUCGAUCGUGUCAAAGUUGUAGGUUUGAAUAGGACCAAAGACGAUAUCGUGACAAAAACAACACGCAAUCUGUUCGAAUCUAGAACACUAAACGAAGCAGUUUCUAAAAUUGUCGAAACCAAAAAAAACCUCAUGAGACUCGACUGUUUCAACAAAGUCAGCAGCACAUUGGACAUGGAAUCCGUUGACGGUCGUGACAGUUACUUUGUUACAAUCAACGUGGAAGAAUCAAAUUGGAUUAAAGGCCGCGUGAAUAUCUUAAAUGAUGUCUAUCAGGAUAGCCAUGACCAACCCAAAUUGUCGACUUGCAUAUCAUUCAUGAACUUGUUUCGCCGUGGUGAAAAACUAGCAGUAUCAACUGAUAUAUAUUCUACAAAUAAAAGAUUUUCCACUGGUAUGAUUAGUUUCACAAAGCCAUUAUUAGCUCCUUAUAAACCGACUUUGUACUUAGACAUUUACAAGCAUUUCAUAAAUAAAAAGAAACUUGGUUAUUUUAAUAAUCAAUACGGACUGAAAACUGGAAUAACUCUUGAGUAUGACUCGUGGUUCUUAGACUUGGGAUGGGAAGGAAUGAUACGGAAUUUGCAACACGUUCCAAACGCUCCAUUCGGCAUACGAGAACAACUUGGACUGUCCAUGAAGUCGUCUUUGAAAAUGUCUGCUUCUUAUGACAGCCGCGACAGCCCAGUAUUUCCUAUUAAUGGGUCGUUGGUACAAUUAAUAUCAGAAGUUGCUGGUCUCGGAGGCAGUAACAAUUUUUUCAAAAAUGAAUUAAUACUUCAAAAAAGCAUUAGAUUGUUUUUGGGUACGUCCCUCACUGGUUCGUUUUCAUUGGGUCUGUUAGAAAAGAUGGGAAAAUGCAGUAUGGUAGACAACUUCUAUUUGGGUGGUCCGUUAACGUUCAGAGGCUUUGAUGAUAACGGUGUAGGUAAAAACAACGAUGGCAGCAUUACUGGAACUACUAUGUUCUGGAGGUUCAACACUCAUCUACACGUUCCACUGCCGUUUUUGUCCGAUAAAAAUAAACUAUCGCAUUUUAUCAGAAUCCAUAUGUUUAUGAACUCUGGUAAUAUGGGAAAUCGUCAAGCUGAUCUGGUUACAGACCUGAAAGCAUUAUUUAACAGCAUUCGUUUGUCUUGCGGCGCGGGUUUCGCAGUUCACCUGAAUCAUUUUCUACGUUUCGAACUGAAUUAUUGUCUGCCUAUUUACUAUAGUAGCCAAGAUUCUGUAAUACCAAACAGGAGUCAGUGGGGCUUUGGUAUUUUAUUUUAUUAGCAAAAUAAUUAUGUAUUACUCGUGAUAGAUGAUUACCGAUUAGAUUGCCGUUUGUCAUUGUAAUUUGAAUAAGAACAAUA